GACGACGUCAGAACGAACAUUCAGAAAGUAUUAGUUUUGCAAAAGGCGCCUAAACUGCACGUGAAAUAAAUUUGAAAGGGCGCAUGAAUGGAAUACGUCGUUGGUACAAGGGUGCCGCUGCAGAGGGUCACUGUAACACCUUUUGCUGUUUCCACCUCAGAAUGUAAUGUCAUUGCAGCAAUCACCCUCCAAGGCGUGCAUUUGUUUGAGGUCGUUGCUGCCGUCAACAGGAAGGAGGCGUUCACGUUCGACCAUCGCAUUAUUCCAGCACCAACAGACAUCAAUGAACUCCAAAACAACGGAACUAAUCGAUCGGCGUUGAAUCGUGAUAUAAAUUUCCACGAAAUUCAUGAUAUCUUCCUGGAUAGGACAUUAUCAGCAGCUCGGAAUACUGACGAACCCCUUAACACCGCAUUCCGGCAAGUUGCGUGGUCGCCUUCCGGUUUGAUUCCCUAUAAGAAAUGCAUUCUAGCGACAGUGACAGCUGAUCACAGAGUAGCCUUAUAUCGAAAUGGCUGUUGGGCUUGGAAGGAAAUUGAACAACUAUCGCCUCGUUGGUUGCAACACAUGAAAGAUAAUAAUAUGUUGACACCGAGCGACUCGACUGAGCAAGAACACAGCCUAAUUUUUUCGCUCCACAAAAAUCGAUCGUACCUUCUAGGAACAAUGGCUCUAGCCUGGAGCCCAUUGUACACUACAUCCACUGUAAACUGGGCUUGGCUUAUCAUGUUACAACGUAGUGGUCACAUCGUCAUCUGGAAAGCUGAAGCUCCGUCUGCUAGCACCUCAAUUUCUACGUUUCAUGAUUUGCAAUUGGCUGACCCAUCAGUACUUAAACUUUAUCCAGGAUCAAAUGAAAAUCAAUUGCUAUUAUUUGCUGGAUCUCACCGUGGCCAAGUCAAAUGCUGGUCACUUUCCUGGAACCAAGAUAAUACCCCGACUUGUAAUCUACUUGGUUCCAUCCUUCCCGACGAAGACCAUAUCUCUGUGGGUGCGAUUGAAGUAAUAUGCUCGGGCGAUUUUCUCGUCAUUAGCAUAACGAAGAAUAAUGCAGUUAUGGCUGUGUCAGUAAAAUGCGACGGAAAUGGAUUGCAAUGCAUCGAUACACAAUUCGCUAUAUUACCUGGCCUGCAAUUAACCGGUAUGACGAAAUUGGCAGGGGGAAACAUUAUUUGUGUCACAGAAGACUAUCUCGUCAAUGAAAUUGAUCUAACUAUCAAUACCCAAGGUGUUUUCAGUGGUUUAAAAAUUAGGCAAAUGAUGAUCCCAUCCAAUCCGAUCAUGUUGUGCCGUGGGAUAGCUACAUGUUGGUCUGGUGAUAAUUCAACUCUCUUCAUGCUCGAGAGCGUCAAAGUGGCCUAUGAUCACCUUAAAUGUCGGCAACCCAGCAGCUUAACGGUCUAUGUCAUGGGAAGUUUGGAAAGGGUAAUAAGUGUCCUCGAAAAUGCAGAGAGUAUGGAAAAAUCAUUAAUGGCUUUAGAAACUUACAAGGCACUUAAUGGAUCGAACUGGGAAAACAUUUGGGAAAUGGAUAUGGAAAAUAUGAGUAACGAAGAUAACUACUACCUACAACUUCUCAGAUGGUUUGCAUUGUAUAAAUGCAAUGCCUGUUUCGUUGAACGCCGUUUCGAUAAGGAAGUUCAAGACGAUUUGAAAAUGCGAGCCGAUAAAGUAGAGUUUUGUCUUCAGUUGCGACACAUCGAGAAGACGUUCUUAGAACUUCUUAAUCGACCGAAUGAACAGCUAACCAACGACCAACGUUUGAAUAUUUCCCUUGCGUACCACUUGGUUAGCACACCCGCUGUCACAGAAUCAGAUGUGAAAUUUGAUCAGACUUUACGGGCAAAGAUAAAAAAGAAAUUUAUGAUAAACAACGAGACACCCAAUGAAGAGUGUCCCAUCUGUCAACAACCAAUCCCUUUCGAAAAGCGGGAAGAUGGGCAGUGCCCUAGCGGGCAUAGAGCAUUACGAUGCCGGGCGACGUUAAGAACUUGCUUUGAAGACACAUUUUCCUGUCGUUGGUGCGGAACACAUUACCACCUUGAUUCUGGAUUGGAAGGCUGCAUUCUCUGUGGUGGAUCGUUAGAUUCAAGCCGGACAGGAUUAUGAUAAUUUACGUGUUUAUAAUUUGUUUCAAAAUUUCAUUGAAAUCUGA